AAGAAAAAGAAACCCCCCAUAUAGUUGCCUUGCUUAUAAGUUCAGAGCAUGAAGCCGUGAUAGAUUUUUUUUUUGUUGAAAUUCUGUAAAAAAGAAGAAAAUGGUGUAUCAAUUUCGUUGUUCAUCGCCAACAAUUUAUUAAAUAAUCAAAUUUUUAUUAUAGUCUAUCAAUUCAAUCAAUUCAUAUUCAAUUAUCUGAAAACUAUAUUGAUUUUCAUAAACGAAAAAGAAGAGAAAAAAAAACCCACGGCCGAGCUUCUAAUAGGACGCCCGACUAUACGAAGAGAAAAAAAAAAUGUCUCAUCUGCCAUUGGACGCCCGAGCAAUUUUGGAAUAUUUAAAUGAAUUGGGUUAUCGCAAUAUUACCGCUGCACAACUAAAGGAAUUUAUUAAAGAUUUACGAAAACUAAUCAAAUAUGAAGAAUCAAUGGGAGUUAAUGUUCAUCAAAGAGAUUACUUUGAUAAUCUUUAUCGCAAAACUACGGCCAGUUUUCGAGCUAAAUCAGAUGCUGCUGUUACUGCUGACGAUGACAACAAUGGUCUGAGGAGAGAUGGAAUGAUUAGUAGUCAUUCAAAGAUGAAUGCAGAUAAGGAGAAUAAUUUGAGAAAGAAGAUGGUUAAUAUGGAGAAACAGGUACGGCAGGAGAAUGAUGGUAUGUUGCAGCAGCAUGGAGUUAGAAGUGGAGUUUUGCGUGAUCAUAAACAACAAGAGCAACAACAUCAGAAGCCUAGUUCUAAACAGGAAGCCUCUGGAUGUUCAAAGAUGACGAUAUCUUCUACUAAAAGAAGACAAACAUUACCAGCGCCAGCAAAGCCAAAUACAGCAGGAACAAGUACGGCACGCACAAGUCGGGCCACCGAGAAGUCAUCAAAUGCAAUGUGUGAGGAUCCGACCACGUUCACGUUCAAAAACUCCCCACUCUGCUCAUCACACAAGGAUGGAUCCCGUUCAAUUGUAUCAAUACUACCAACACGAAUGGGAGAAAUUCAAAACAAAUCUUCCCGGCGAAUCAAAUCGCUCUGAACUACGUUGGCAGAUUCGUCAUAAACUACUUGGAGAACAAUAAUAAAAAAAACAACAAAUUCUACUUAAAAAACAAAACACAUCAACCAACAGAAAACUAAA